CAAUUUAUCUAUAAACGUCAACUACAGAAGCAAAAAUCGGCGAAUUAGUUAAUUAGGGGCGAAUUUAUUUAACGCUUUUAGUUGAAGGGACAAGAAUUGCAGAAAUACCUCACAAGCAUUAUUGUUUAGCAGAUGUAACUGGAACACACCGUCACACUCCAUUUCUGCUAAGGAGUUCAAUUUGUGACUCUGAAUCAGUUAAAAUGGGCUACGUACAAGAAGCCAGAGAAAAUCACGUCAAGAAGAAGGUCGAAGAAGCUUUGCGCAGUAAGAUGAAACAGAAAGCACUGAAAGAAUGCGAUCAAUACGUGUCCAAAUAUGCUGAAUGUGCUGUAGGCAGAACAUUGUCCGUUGUUUGGAAAUGUCGCGGUGAAGCUAAGGAAUUGAAUACAUGCCUCCAUCAGUACACAAAUGAUUCUGUCUUGGAAAAAAUGAAGAAAGAAUACAUGCUUCAACAGGAAGGAAAGGGGUCUUUAAGCCUUUGAUUCAUUUUCCUACUGAUGAUUGGAGUAUGUUAGCUUCUGCAAGAAGAAAAGUGCGCAACGUCGCUCAGGGGCCUACGCCUCGUUGCAUCCUGCAUACGGCAUCAUUGGUGUCCCUGCAACCUGAGAGUUUAUUCCAUGCUUUUGUUCGUUAAUUGCCGCAAUAUUUUCCUGUACGUGCAUUGUCUUUACAUUUCGUCGGAGGUGAUGAAUUGCCAAAUAUUAUAGGAUAAAUAUAAUGUUCCUUUCUCUUCA